AAGCAAAAUCAUUUGUUACUACACUUGAAUGAGUCUUAAAAAUGUGAAGUCACUCCAGUAUCAUAGAUGCCGCCAUGCUUAUUAUCAUUCAUGGGAAUUAAAAUGUAAGAAAGAAUAGGUUAUGAUGGUUAAGGUUUUGGAAUGGGAGCUUCACUUCCUCCCUUGGACUUGCUUAGCACGCCUGUGCCCCAAAUUUAAACGUGUUUAUGUAUGAUGAAGUAAUUGUGUAUCUUAAAUAAUACCGACAUGGCGGUAUGAUAAAAUAUAUUGUGCACACGUGUUCUCAUCUGCCACAUAACCACACCAGUGUUAUUUACAAAAUUUUGAUACUACUAUUAAGUAUAAUUAUCAACGUUUAACGUUCUGGAAACGGGUGUGUUAUUUAGAUAAUUCGCCAUUUAAUUCUUAUUUUGCUUAUCGUUGAUCAUCGCUGUAUUGUAAAUACAGCUAUUAUCUCAAUAACUGUUAUAUUUAUGGUCGUUGUCAUGUUAGAUUGCUGAUAUUUUACAAGUAUAACAUAUUGCUUUUGAUCAGAACAUUUUCAUUUACAUAUUUUGAAACUGCCCAGUGAUAAUAAACUUAAAUUCUUAUCAUUGUAACUUUUUGUUAUGUUAUUUAUUUUAUGUGAUAUACUAAAUAUUAUGAUGUAAUUGUGUAGUAUAAAACGAAUCUAAAAAGUUGCGCUCCUUGGCAUCGUUCAGUUCAUAUAGAAAUUCUACAAAAAUAAAAUAACUAAUAAUGAGGGCAUAUUUGGUUAACUUUGCCACACAUUUUGUUCAGGUUUGCUUUUACUGUGAUCAGCUUUACUAUACUGACAUUUCCGUAACUCGUCUUGUCAUUACAAAGCUGAGAACUCGGUGUAUUACAGAACUAUGUAAGAAGGGGUUUCUUAAAGGAUAAAGUGACCUGUUUGUUAAGUUCCAUUCGCGGCGCAUCUCAAUUAGGAUUAAAAAAUGCGAGGCAGACCAUCUGCAAAGCACUGUCAGCUUUCAGCUUUUGUCCUCUGUUGUAACGCACAAUUGAAACAACACGACACAGGCGUGGAGUACACAUCUAAGAAAAUUUGUUCAAUAUGAUUGGCAAAGACAUUAUUAUAUUCUUGCUCUCCUGUCGUUUCGGGAUUACAGUGACGUCACCUUGAUAUUCUUCCAUGGAUGAAUGCUACUGAACUAUAGCGGCAAAUAAUACAACAAGGAGAGUCCUAUAUCUUGCAAGACUCACGUUACGCUUUUUUGAUAUCUGUGAUUUUUCCCCCUUUCACUGAAUUACAAACUCCAUAAAGCACUGAAGUGCAUAUUUGAUGGCAGCCUCCUCUAAGUGCAAUCAUCUAUUAUUGAGGAAAAGGCCAUGCUUGGAAGCGCGUGUAAAAAAACGCAUUUAGUGUAGAUUUGGAUACAAUCGAUCAGAAGAGUAAAAAUAUUGCUGAUGGUAAAAAGAAGCGGCGAUGUCUUUCUCGCAGUUUGGAUAUCCGUACAGCAGUACCUCACAGUUUUUUGUAUCUGCAAGCCCCAGUUCGUCAUUCUGUGACUCUGCACCCAGGUCGGUGUCCGAAGUACCCUCAGGCACGGCAUCUGGCACCACCGCGGCUUUCUGCUGUCCGCCCUACGAGAACAGGUUGCUAUCCGGCGGACGGCCGGAGCUCAACGCCGCCCUGGGGGUCUACGGCUCUACGUACGCCGCCGCCGCAGCCGCGGCCACACACAACUAUGCCAACUACUUCUCGUAUGGUGCUGCAGACGCUUCGGCCCUCUAUUCUUCUUUGAACCCACAGUGUGACCUUAAAGACGGAUCGGGGGGUCUCCACGCCGGAAUCACCCAGUCUGCUGCCUAUCACCCAUACGACCCACCAAUGGGCCAUUAUCAUUACGACAGGUACGGAUCCGUGGACUUGAAUGGCACAGUCAGACGUAAAAAUGCCACCCGAGAGACCACCAGCACACUGAAAACGUGGUUAUUUGAGCACAGGAAGAACCCUUACCCAACGAAAGGGGAGAAGAUUAUGCUAGCUAUCAUCACUAAAAUGACUCUCACCCAGGUGUCCACCUGGUUUGCCAACGCCAGGAGGAGAUUAAAAAAAGAGAACAAGAUGACUUGGUCACCAAAGAAUAAAACAGGAGACGAACGGAAGGAUGGAAUUGGAAAGAAAGACUCCGAUUGCUAUGAAGAAGACAUCGCGAAUAAAGAUUGUAAAGAAUGUGUUGAAGAAAAUGAGGCGAAGCUGAGUGAUUUGGAUGACAUUGACGACGACGAUUGCGACAAAGGUGUCAGCGAUGCUGAAAAAAUCUUCCAGGAUGCGCAGAUUCUCCAUAGAGGCUCAAUGGCUGAAACUCCAAAAGCCAGUCUCCCAAUGCCGCCGGCUGUUACCAGCUGUCACCGGAUGUCUUGUCUGAAAGGCAAUCCGGGCUUCGUAUCUGAAACAGCAGAAACUUCAGGAGGAAAGCUAUCCGGCGUGGUGUCUGGGACUGGUUUUGUCUUGCAGCAAUACGAAAUCCCCCGAAUAUGGUCACUUGCACGCACAGCAUCCAGUAGCGCCCUCACUGGCGAGGGUAGAACUUUUAAGUCUGACUGCCAGCUUCAAAGAUCGAGGUCAGCCAUGAUUUCUGGGGGAUCCUGCGUAGACAUAUGUAGUCCAUCAAGUCACGACUCACAGGCGAUGAAGGCUUUUUUAUGUCCCGUCCUGAGCCAGAAAACUUCACAGCUAAUCUGUCCCCCUAUUAGUGAAUCUGCGGGUACUCCACAGCUCUCCUCAGAAUCCACAGGUUUUCCAAGGCAGUCGAAAUCAGAUCACGGGUUGUCAGAAACAAUUGAGAAAUGCCAGAUGAAUUAUAAAGACAUCAGAGCUACAGCUUUCAGACCCGUCCUGAAGAGAUAAGGUGAGUUAAC